UGUGUUCCGCGAAUAACCAGAUAUUUGUCGGUGCCUUUUUUGUACAACAUCAAACCAUUGAUAGAGGGCUGAGGGUCAUAGUAUAACAGAUACCAUAGCGGAAUGGGAUGGUUAUAUUAUCUGUUGUCAAUGUUUUUGUGUGCGUUCAUGGGUGACUUUCAAAGAUAAGCACUAUAAAAUAUAUUGCUUUCUUAUACUCAAAUGUUGUCUCUUUCGCUUUUAUUUCACGUUUUAUGAUACAUACUAUGACCCAUG